AUGCCCUCGCUCGCCUUGACGCCAGUCAGCCCGGCAUUGCAAGCAACCCAGGAAUCUAUGAGCUUGCCUACGAGACCAGUCGGGGCAGAGGAAACCUCAGACAAGCCACGGAAAAGUAAAAAGCGCAAAAGUCAGUCAGAGGUCGUCCAAGUCGACACUGCGCAAGAGACUGCGACAGAUGCGGCCCAAAAAGAAGCAGAAGUCGUCGCUGAAUCUCACAAAGCUUUGCGCAAGAAGCGCAAGCUCGAGAAAUCCGGCAUCAAGCCUGCAGAGACUGUCGUCGCAUCUGAGCGCGAACAGCCCGCCAAACGCUCAGGGCACGGCAUCUGGGUCGGCAACAUGUCCUACAUGACCAACGAGAGCCAGCUCAGACAAUUCUUUGAUGUCUGCGGAGAGAUCACGAGGAUACACUUGCCCGAGGGCAAGCAGAAAUACGAAGUCAACCGUGGGUUCGCCUACAUCGACUUUGAGACUGCCGAGGCUACAACAAAGGCUAUCGCCAUGAGCGAACAGAACCUGAUUGGCCGGAAGCUGCUCAUCAAGGAUGCAUCCAAUUUCGAAGGCAGACCUGCUACGCCCGCCAACAAAGCAACAGAGGCCUUGCUGGCCAGCGGCGUGCCCCUGCCCGCUGGCACGAUCAAUAAGACUUCCAAUAGCCUCAGCCGCACAGCCAAGGAGAUCCUUGAUCGACAGACGAACGACCCAGCUCAGACACUCUUUGUGGGCAACCUCAGUUUCGAAGCGACCGAUGCCCUCGUCAGAGCACUGUUUGAUAACAACGCCCAUGCAGCGGCACAGUCGCAGAAACCGAAGCGAGCAGCUGCGUCUUCGUCCGAAGAACCAGAAGAUGACAAUCCGGACAAAUUCACUGCCGGCAUUCGCAAAGUCAGGUUGGGUACAUUUGAAGACACGGGCAAAUGCAAAGGGUGGGCAUUUGUCGACUUUAUCGGUAUUCCGCAGGCAACUGCUGCCCUGCUCAACCCUCGCAAUCAUCGUAUGCACAAUAGAGCGCUCAAAGUCGAAUACGGGUCUGCAGAGGCUGUGCGACGCGGUGGCGGACCGCGUGCAAAGCCAGACAAGAAAGACGAUCCCGCAAAGCCUGCCGCACCUCCGCCCAAGAUCGAUUUUGCCGCACCGCCAGAGAAGGUGCAUAAGCCAACUCAGGAGGAGCGCAGAGCGGCCAGAGAAGCCAAAGCGAAGAGCAAAGCCCGCAAGCCUCGAGAUGUCGAGCCACGCAAACGCGUCAAGCCCGGUGAUGCGCUCUCACAAGCACCACGAGAACGGACUGCUAUCGUUCCUGGUGCGGCUGGCAGGAAAGUGGUUUUCGAAUGA